GAGGCAGAGAGGAAGUUCUUUAUUGUCCUCCAGGUCUUCAUUGUCCAUAAUCUGACAAGGCUUUAGGUUAGCCACAAGAAAAUUGUCAUGAAAAAUAAAGACACAUAUGGAGAAGAUGGAAAUUCAAGUGAUAUGAACUCUUUCAGUAUUUCAGACAAGAUUGGGUUUGCCUCAGCUGCUACAACAACCUUUCAGAUAAGUGAGCCUCGAGUCCAGAGGAAGCCAUCUGCUUGCUGUACUCGGACAGCCCUGGGGCUCUACCUGCUGGUGCUGACAGCUGGCCAGGGGCUGCUGGCCUAUCAAGUGUUUAAGAUGCGGGGAGAGAUAUCGAAAUGGCAGGAAGAAAAUACCCCCUAUAGAGAAGACAUGCUGGAAAAAUCCUUUUCUAACAAGCUGGCUUGGGAGAGAAACUCUACAGAGAUGCAUAUAGGAUAUGAACAAGACUGGAAGAGAAGCUUAGAAGAGGAAAUCAUAAUAAUUAAAAGAAGCAAUGCAAACCUGAUGAUGAUGAUGAACAACAUCUCUAAGACUGCAGGGCCUCCUGGACGCAAAGGAGAUCCUGGUCCACCAGGGCUACAGGGACCACGGGGGACAAAGGGAGACCAAGGAAUCCAAGGUGUACCAGGACUGAAAGGAAUGAAGGGGAGUAAAGGAGAUCCUGGUCUUCCUGGCCCAACAGGUGCACCAGGAGUGAGAGGAGAAAAAGGAGAAAUGGGGCUUGCAGGUCCUCAAGGACAGAAAGGUGAAAUGGGCAACAAGGGAAUCCCUGGGCCCCGUGGAAUGAUGGGUCCUCAGGGAGAGCGGGGAAUCCCAGGAAUGAUGGGUUUGAAGGGUAGCAUGGGGCAGCCAGGACCUCCUGGACCACAAGGAGAGGCAGGCAUUCCUGGAAAUCCUGGACCCAAGGGAAACCCUGGCCCUGAAGGCAGACCCGGACAGAAAGGGCAGAAGGGUGACCAUGGCCUCAGUGGUAGUCCAGGAAUUCCAGGCCCUGAAGGACCCAGAGGUGAAAAGGGAGACAAAGGAGAUCCAGGUCUUCCAGGGCAAAAGGGAACAAAUGGAAUUUAUGGCCCACCAGGCAUCCCAGGCCUACCUGGUGAAAAAGGAAGCAAGGGUGAUACUGGCAGUCAAGGUCCAAAAGGUCUUCCAGGACAAAAAGGAGAAAAAGGAGAGCGUGGACUCCCUGGUUCUGAAGGAGCAAAAGGGAGCAAAGGUGAAAAGGGAGGAGGAGUCAACUUCAGUCACGUAAUACGAAUCGCAGAAGGAGGCAGGAGGGGCCGUGUGGAAAUCCUUUACCAAGGGAUCUGGGGAACAAUCUGUGAUGAUGGCUGGAACAUUGAGGAAGCCAACGUGGUCUGCAGAAUGCUGGGAUACAGCCGUUCAGUUGCUGCCUUCACAGCCACACCAGGCACUGGAAAAAUUUGGCUUGAUGACGUGAAUUGCAGUGGGGUUGAAUAUUCAAUUUUCGACUGUCAGAAGCCUGCCUGGGGUGUGAACAACUGCUCCCACAAUGAGGAUGCUGGGGUGGAAUGCGUGUGAUGGGACACAGAGGCUGCCUGGAAGCUGCUAACUGCCUCUGCUCUCCAUGGGGCUCUUCUUCAUACUGUAAACCUAAUUUCAUCAAGCUAUGCUUAUAGUCUCUUUACCAAGUCAUAAAAAUAGAAAGUUGAAUUUUCCAUAAAUCAGUAACAGUUCCAAGACCCACAGGUAACCUGAAAUAUCCCAGAAGUCAUGUAACAACUGGAGCUCAGGCAUGAGAGCCAGUCCACAGCUUUUCCAGCCGUCUGCCUGCUUCCAGCUCACCUUCAGUAGCCCACACGUGUGACCUCUAAGUCCACAGUGGAGAAGAGGUGGUCCCCUUUUACCUUGGUGCAAUAAGAGAGAAGGGGAUCAGCCUGCUGAAGUGGGCAAUCACUGCAGCUGAGCUGGCUGGUCCAUCUUCAUCACCACACAACUGUGAACUCAAGCCUAAAACCUCCAGUGAAGUACAAGCACUGAAGACAGCAGAUGCUCAGAAAUCAGCAGAUGAUCUCUCUGGCAUGCAAAUAUAAAUGUUCUCCAAAGAUUAUGCUGACCAUAAGUUAACGUGCAAAAAUAAGAGCCUGGGAUUUAGGUGCAGUACUAUCCUGGUUUAGCACAGACCUUAUUCUUUUUUACUUUGGCCGAGUCCUCUGCCUUUUCUGUCAGUUUUCCCUGUUCCCAGGAGCAAUACCCCUUACCUUAUCUGAUGCAUAAAGUGAAGCCUUUCAUACCUUUAGAAAUUAGUAAAGCAAGGGACAAUGUAUAAAGGAAUAAUGGGAAAGUAUCAGCUAAUUAAACUUCCAGAGUGAUAAUAAACACCCUAAAUUACAGACUCCUCACUUAACUGAAAAUCUUAUAUGUGCCUGAGUUAACAACUUCAAGGCUUCUCUUUCUUAAGGCCCAAGUGUUCUCUGCUCCUUCUCCACCAGCACAGGGCAUUCAGCAGGUGACAAGAACCUUCUCUACAGGUGACAAGCCACUUCUCUGUACAUGUAGCUGGGCACCGAUCACAACAACCUGCUUGCAGACACUUGAUUUAAAGUGUCAGAAAUGUGUGUGAGCAGUCCCACACCUCUGCUCUAAUGUUAGUCACAAUUGCAUUUGUCUACACAGCUUCGAAACUUGUUUUUAGUGCUUAGAAAUUCAGAUAUAAGUGGGAAAAUUGAGCAUUGCUGGUAAGAUCAACAAGCAAUGGGGCAUCCAGGGACACUGUGAGUGAGAAGACCCAGCACUGUGCAGGGAGUGACAGUGCAGUCUGCAACAAAGCUCAUCACUGUUUUAAGCCAGAGGAAAUAUUUGUUAGUGGAUCUCAGCCCUCAGGAAAGAAGCUUGGAGAAUCCCAAGAGUUUUUCACUACCCACUCAUAUGCCUUUGACAGCAGGAAAACGAAAAGAAACACUUACCAUUCCUGCCUCUGGUUUAGAGAAGGCAAGGAGCACCUGCCACAAACCAUGGGUGAAACCUGAUGGAUGACAACUGUUCUGAAAAUGCUGGAAGUGGACAGUGACUCAUAUAUAUGAGAAGACCCAAAUGCUUUCUGUUCUUGUUACUGACAGCAUGCUGAGUACCAGCACUUGAGCUGACACAGCUUCUGCUGAGCUCCCAUGGACAGUCCUGAGCCUGUGGGGGUUUCUUGCAUCUUUUUUUUUCCUCAUGGGGCAGUUUGUAAAGCAUCUCCACUGCCAGUAAAUAAAGAUUUAAUGAGCUACAUUCUAGUCUUGAUACAUCA